AUGCCCUCCCGCACCGACUCCCCGCUGAACAUUGCCAUCAUCGGCGCUGGCCUCGGUGGCCUCAGCGCAGCCGUGGCGCUACGUCGUCAGGGACACCACGUCACGGUGUACGAGCGAUAUGACUUCGCUGGGGAAGUGGGCGCCUCGCUGAGCGCCGCCUCCAAUGGAUCCCGCUUCCUCGAGCAAUGGGGGGUGGAUGUCAAGGCUGCGAAGCCGGUGAUCCUCAAGAAACUCAUCAUGCACGACUGGACCACUGGAGAAGUACAGAAAGAGUACGGUCUGGGGGACUACAAGGCCAAGUUUGGCACGGAGUACAACAACUUCCACCGGAUUGACAUCCACCAACAAUUGCUCCGCUCCGCCUUCGACGAGCCGGGAGACGGUCCCCAGUGCACGUUGAAAGUAAAUCACAAGGCCGUGGCGCUGGACGCGGAAGCCGGUCGCAUCGAAUUCGAGAAUGGCGAGACGGCGUCGGCGGACCUCAUCGUCGCUGCAGAUGGCAUUCGCGUACGCACCCAAGCUCUGGCGCCUUCCGAGAGCCGCCUCCAGAUGGGCAUCACCCCCGACUUCGCCAUGUCGACCUCGUGCUGCUACCGCUGCAUCAUCAGCGCCGACAAGCUGCGCCGCCUCGGGCUGGACGACUACAUCGACAACGCGGCGAUUGAGUACUGGGGCGGCAUCGGCAUCAACAAGAUCGUCAUGUCCCCCUGCAGCGAUGGCGACGUCGUGAGCUGCUACUGCUUCUACCCGGCCGAGCACAACAACCUCCGCGACGAUGGCUGGAACAUCUCCGCCACACCGGAGCAGCUGGUGGCCACGUUUCCGGGGCUGGAUGAGCGAAUGCAGCGGUUGCUGAUCAAUGCUGAGGAUAUCAAGAUGUGGCGCUUGUACCGCCACCAGCCGUACCCCUACUGGGUCAAGGGUAAAGUCUGCCUGCUGGGCGACGCCGCCCACCCGAUGAUGCCCGACCAAUCGCAGGGCUCGUGCAUGGCCUUCGAGGACGCGGGCGCCCUGGGGCUGAUCUUCCACCGCACCUUCGCCGAGGAGUACAGCGUGGCCGAGGGGCUGCAGCUGUACGAGCAACUGCGCAAGCCGCGGGCCACGCACAUCCAAGCCGCCAGCUAUCGGGCCCGCGAGGAUCUCAACGAGCGCAUCGGCUGGAGCUCGUCCACCGACCGGCCGGGGAAGUUGACCAUUGAGGAGGUUUGUGGGUAUAACAUGCAGGUGCACCUGGAGGAGCUCAAGGGCAGUCGAUAG